AUGGGCAAUUCCACUUCAACCAAGCAAGUUCAUGGCACUGGAAAAGUAAUACUGUCGGAUGGAUCGGUGCAAGAGUUCAGUAAGCAUGAUCUAACGGUUGCUGAGCUGAUGCUAGAGCACCCUCAACAAGUAGUGGUCGAAUUUGGGGCAGCUGUCUCAGGGAGAAGACCGAUCGCAUUGCCCGCUGAUACGAAGUUGGACACGAAAAAGGUUUACUUGAUGCUUCCGAUGAAGCGAGGGAAGCCUUUGUCGUUGUCAUCCGAAGAUAUCCGCAGCGUUCUUUUAAGUGCAAGUUCACUGUUACGGUCAAGAUCAUCAUCAUUGAAGUUCUUGCCUCUCUUUGCAAGGAUAUGCCCUGCAGGAGAUGCACAUGCCUUUGUGUUGACAAAGAAGGAAUAUAGCACGGAGAGGACGUCAGACUCGGAGGUGGUGAGGUCGUAUCUGCCGGAGUUUGACAUGGAAGAAAGUUUGGAUGCGAGGCCGGAAUUUUUGACUAGGCAGCUUUCUGGUAAGGCCACUUGGAAACCAAAUUUGGACACCAUCAAGGAGAAGAAGGUUGAGAAGAAGUUGUCUCGUUGGUACCUUACGUUCAAGUGGUAGAUAUGAAAUAUACCGCAGAAACCAACCCAAAAGGCCAAAUGGGAACGUAGUACAAUUUGCUAGUUAUAUAUAUGGUGAAGGAUGUAGUAUUUUGAUCGGACUGAAUCGAUAUCACGGACAUGAAGAUCUGAUUGUUGUACGUAUGUGUGUGUGUGUUAGUAAUAAUCUGUCUGUUACUGGAUCGAUGUUUAAAUAGAGCUAAUUAAAUAGGUGUAAGAGACUGAUAGUGGCUUGGCUGUAUGAGAAUUUAAAAAUGUUAAUUUCACCCUGCAUU